AUGGCAAGCGUGGACGGAACUCGGGCGUCGUGGACGGCUGAGCGAGAUGAGUUUCUCGUCGCUGCGCUGCAGGCUCAGGUCCUCAAGGGCAAGCGCUCAGAUUCUGGCUUCAAGAAGGAAGCCUGGGCAGAAGUCACGUCAGCAUUCAACCUGCGAUUUGUAACGAUGUACCACACGUCCAAGAUCAAGUCGCGCUUGGACUGUCUGAAACGAGAUUACAAAGACGUCAAGUAUCUACGCGACAACUCCGGGUUUGGUUGGAACAGCGAGCUUCAACUUCCCACCGCGCCGGAUGAUGUUUGGGCGUCUAUCAUCAAGGCGAACCCGAACUGCAAACGAUUUCGCUCUGCACCGUUCCCUCUGUUCGAGACACUUGCGAUGCUCUUGGAAGGAUCGUAUGCCGACGGCCGUUUCGCGUUCAUGCCGCCAGGUGUGCUCGAGCCCGACAUGGAUGUUACCGUCGAAGCAACAGGAACAACACUUCCAAUACCCCAAAGCGUGUUUGCACCACCCAGCGAGCUUGUUCAAGACGAUGAAGACUCGGACGCCAGCUCCAAUGACCCGACACCUCCACCAAAGAAACAAAAACAGAUGCGGAAGCGUGACAAGCGCAGCGCUGGUGCCGUUAUCGGCGAUGCGAUUGCGAAGCUCGUCGAAGUUGAAGCUUCGAAGGUGACAAGUCAACCCGAUCCACACGCACGAGUCACUCAGGCAAUCGAUUGCCUGAUUGAGAACUACGGAUACAUGGACGGCUUGCAAAUUGCAGCCUUGGCGGACUUGAUGGGCGAAGGCUUCAACGCGACGAUAUUUAUGGCAUUGCGCGGUGAUGCUCGGGAUGCAUGGGUGCACAAGAACUCCAUUUAA